GAGCCCGUGAACGUGACUGCGGUGAUACAAACGUCGGGUGAUUCCGCUAAAUUUUAAAAGGACGCGGAGAACCUCAAGGCAACGGGACAGUAACGGUUACUCUCGGUGACGCGCUUCUACCGUACCGGAGCGGGUGAACCGACACACACACACACACACACACACACACACACACACACACACACACCGGCGGAGUAGUUCACCGUGGUGAAUGGUGGGAGGAGUGUGUGUGUGUGUGAGUGUGUCUGUGCGAGGAGGCACGCUUGAGCCACAAAGAGGAGCCGGAGAACACAGCGGACGAGUGACCGCGGAGAUGAAGCGGGACUUAUUUUAGCGCGCGACCGAGGCACUCGAGCGCAUCCGGCUGUUUUUUUUUUUUUUUACAAUUUAUGUUUGUAUUUUUUUCUCUUUUGUUUUUCGCUUCGAAACUUCGGCUGUGUCAGCAUUUAUCGAACACCCACCCACCCUUUCCGUCUGUCUGUCGGUCUGUCUCUCACACGCACGCGUUACUUUUGACACCGCCGUCGUCCCCCGCGUGGCUCCCGGGAGGAGGACACGCAUCACCGGGGAGGAAGAAACUUCUUGACCGCUGGCUGAAAUCAAAGGACCGGGAGGAGAAGGUCUCGCAGCCCGCGGGCAGGAGUGGUCGUGGUCAGUGGGAUGUUCGAGCUGCAGAUGCAGGACUGACUGAAGGAGCAUGGUGAAACACCAACCCCUCCAGGUCUAUGAGCGCCAGCUGUGUUUGUCCUGCAUCACUGGGAUCUACGGUUGCCGCUGGAAACGCUACCAACGAUCCCACGAUGACACCACCAAGUGGGAGUUGCUGUGGUCCUUCAUCCUCCUCUUUACCUUCUGUCUGCUGCUGGUCUGGUUCUACUUCUGGUGGGAGGCCCAUAACGACUACAACGAGUUCAACUGGUUCCUCUACAACCGCUCCGGGGAGUGGAGCGAUGGCACCGUUCCCAUCCUGGCCACCACCGCUGCUGGCUUCACCUACGUGGCGUUUUUAAUGGUUUUAGCACUUUGUCAUGUUGCACUCGGGCAGCAGCUGAAUUUGCACUGGCUCCAUAAGAUUGGAGUGACUGCUGCUCUGCUCACCACCACUGCCGGGGUGAUAUCUGUCAAUCAAACAUGGGGGCAAGAGUGGGACGUCGUCCCAAUCUCCCUGCAGGCCACAGGUCCCUUCCUGCAUGUAGGCGCCCUCGCAGCGGUCACAGCGCUGUCUUGGAUUGUGGCUGGACAAGUCGCCCGCUCAGAAAAAACAAUGUUCCAGGUGGUGGUGGUGCUGCUCUAUCUCAGCUUGUUGCUGGGACUCUACAUGGUGCCCCUGUGCAUCACCUCGCCCUGCAUCAUGGACCCCAGCACCCUCAAGCAGCGCCCCGAUGUCAUUGGCCACCGGGGAGCCCCCAUGAUUGCUCCAGAGAACACAAUGUGGUCCUUUCAGAGAGCGCUGCAGAUGAACGUCACUGGGUUUGAGGCUGACGUUUCUAUCAGCGUGGACGGAGUGCCUUUCCUGAUGCACGACCACAACCUGCGGAGGACCACCGACGUAGACAAGGUUUUCCCGGACAGGCGAAUGGAGGACGCCUCGUCCUUUAACUGGACCGAUCUGCAGCAACUCAACGCAGGGCGGUGGUUCCUCAAGGAGGACCCUUUCUGGAUGGUGCGCACGCUUUCCCCGCGUGAGAAGGACCUGAUCGCCAACCAGAGUGUGUGCAGCCUGGAGCAGCUUCUGAAGCUGGCUUCCUAUCACAACAGCACAGUGGUUUUCCGGCUGAGGAGACCUCCUCCGGAGCACCCCUGCUACCACAGCUGGAUCAAUGAUACUCUGCACGCUGUGCAGCAGUCCGGGGUUCCUCAGGGUCUGGUGAUGUGGACUCCAGAUGAUCACAGAGCUCAGGUGAGACAGUGGGCUCCGGGUCUGAUCCAGACCUCCGCGGAGAAACGCAGCCCCCAGAGCCUCCAGCAGCACGGCAUCAGCAGGCUGCUGCUCAGGUACAACCAGGCCAGCACACAGGAAAUCAGAAACUUCUCCCAGAGCAACAUCACCCUCACCCUGUACACCAUCAACGAGCCCUGGCUGUACUCGGUGCUGUGGUGCAGCGGGGUGUCGUCCGUCUCUUCGGAGGCCUCACAUAUCCUCAACAAGGUGCCUAACCCCAUCUGGCUCAUGAGACCAGAUGAAUACUGCCUGAUGUGGGUGUCCAUGGACCUCAUCUCCUUUGCUGUCGUCAUAGGAAUAUUCAUUUUCCAAAACUAUCACAUGAUCAGGUACCGGGUGGGCGGGAUGGGAAGGUACAACCCCGAGCAGAACAUGGUGAGCGCCGCCGUGACGAGGUCCAGCAGGGACCUGAACGUCAUGAAGGAGAAACUCAUCUUCUCUGAGGUGGGCAACGGAGUUGGCGGCGCUGACGAGCUGUACGGGGACAAUGGCUACGACUACUACGCCAACCACGGCAUCGGCCCGUGAUCGGGCCCCCGGCCCGCUGGAGUGAGACUCUCGGGUCUCUGCAUCCUUUUGCGUUCCAAGUCAUCGUGAAGCCUGAAACUCCUCCUCCUCCUCCUGACGGAGGGACGGACCGCUCCACCCCGAUGGAGAGCAAACCACCACAUGGCCGCUUUGUGUACAUUCUGUAAAUAGUUGUGUGUCUCGCCUGACGGGCGCAGCGCAAACCACACGGGACCACGCGCACUUUUCAAUUGAUGGAAUUCUCCAACCUGUGGCCUCCUCUCCUGCUUCUGUGUGCGAGAGGCCCCUCAUGAGUUACGCCAGCUUAUUUUUAAAGAUGCGUUUCCACAGUCUUUGUUGGUUUAAGCUAAUUUUCCAAAGCGGUUUUUGUUUUUAACUACUGUACAGUUCCUUCUCCUAAGGCUUGAUUGCAGCAUGGGACUAAAAGCUAACAGCUCAUCACGCUCCUGCCUUCCUUUAGCGCUCCACAAAAGUACUAACAUUAAUAUUUAUAUUUAAAGAGAAAAUAAAUAAGAGCAAGCUGUUUACAGAGGUCCUGCCUUUUCCUCCAAGUGAAAUAUUCACAUGGUAAAUGUAAGAUACUCAUUUUGAUAUAGGCUGAAUGCCCCCCCCCCACCUUUGACCAGUGCAUGUAACUGUAAUGGACUAAUGUGAGCUGUGCUCCCAGUACAACUGGAGAUGGUAAAGAGUUCUUUUGUGGUUAAUGUGAAUGUGUUUCAGAUUUGUUCUAUAAGAUGUGAACAGUGUAUUGCGUGUAUUCCAGAUGGGUAUAUACCUUUUUUUUUACCCUGUGUGCAGUGCAGAGUGUAUUAUUGUACAUAAAAGGUGAACCAGUGUGAGAGCGUGUGAGACGCUCCAGCCAACUAAGCAGUACAUUUCAAUGUGACGGUGAAGAUUAAUAAUAACAGCAAUAUGACGGGAGCCCUUUCACUUCCUGCUCAGCCUCUGGAGUGCAGUGGAGUCUGUGGUAUUUCAGUGUUGGUUGCUGGUGUUAAAUUGACUGCUGUAAGAUGAAUGAAGUGGGUGCUACAUGUGAAAAUUAAGCUGUAAUCUAAUGGAAGGAUGCUACAGGGUCAGCAAGUGUAUCGCUUUGUUUUUAUUUGGGGAUUGUGCCUCAGAAAUAAAUAAAUUCUUCUAUUAAAUAGUG